AUGAACGGCAGCCGCGCGUACCGGUGCGGCGGGCUGCGCUGGCUGGAGGGCGCGCCGUCGGCGCUGCCGGGCUCGCUGCUCUUCGCCGCCGGCCUGGCGGGCAACGCGCUGGCGCUGGGCUUGCUGUGGCACCACCACCACCGGCGGCGGCGUCGGGGCGUCGGAGGGGGGCGCGGCGUGCCGGCCUUCCAGCUGCUGAUCGGCGCCCUGGCCGCCACCGACCUGCUGGGCAAGUGCCUGCUCAGCCCGGUGGUGCUGGCUGCCUACGCGCGCAACCGCAGCCUCAGCGCGCUCUGGCCGCCGACCGCCGCCGAGGCCCCGGGAGGGAGCGCCGCCGCCGCCGCCGUCGAGGGUGUCCCCCCGGGCGGGCUGUGCCAGCUGUUCGCCUGCCUCAUGGCCUUCUUCGGGCUGGCGCCCAGCCUGCUGCUGCUGGCCAUGGCCCUGGACGUGUGGCUCUCCCUGGGGCGGCCCUACUGCUACCAGCGCCACGCCCGGCGGCGCCGUCGGCUGGGGGCCCUGCUGGGGGGCGCGGCCGGCGCCCUGUGCGCCCUCUUCUGCGCCCUGCCCCUGCUGGGCUUCGGCGCGCCCGUCCAGUACUGCCCGGGCACCUGGUGCUUCCUGCGCAUGGCCGGGCCCGGGCCCGGGCGGGCCUACGCGCUCCUCUACGCCUCGCUGCUGGGCCUGCUGGUGCUGGCCGUCGGCCUCCUCAACCUGGCCACCAUGCGCAGCCUCUGCCGCCUGGCCCGACGACAGCCGCCCCGGGGGAGCCGCCUGGGCAGUGCCCGCGCCCCGGCCCCGGCCCCGGCCCCGUCGCGCCUGGAGGAGCUGGGCCACCUCACCCUGCUGGCCCUCAUGACCGUCGUCUUCACCGUCUGCUCCCUGCCCCUGAUCAUCCGUGCUUACGUCGGAGCUCUGGCGCCUGAUUACGACGAGAGCGCCGACCUCACCGCCCUCCGCUUCUUUUCCGUGAACUCCAUUGUAGACCCGUGGGUCUUUAUCAUCUUUCGGACAGCUGUUUUUCGCACCUGCCUCCACCGGGUUUCAAGGACGCUGAGCUACAAGAGGUCCUUAGACUCUCAGCUAUUGGAAACGUCAACGCGGAAGGAUUCGGGGCAGCUGCAAUGAGGGUGUAGCUUUUCCAUUUCCUGGAUGCUUUCACCUCCUGCACAAGAGCUCCCAAAGGCACCUGGUGGGCCACUGCGAGUAGCAGAGGGCUGGACUAGAUGGACUCUGGUCUGAUCCAGCAGGCUCGUUCUUAGGUUCUUAUGAGGUGGAACUGAUGUGGUUGGAUCUCCAGCUGGUGUAUGGAACAGCCCAAACUGGCAUGAGCGAAUGUUCGCUAUAGAAGAAGAAGAGUUGGAUUUAUAUCCCCCCUUUCUCUCCUGUAAGGAGACUCAAAGGGGCUUACAAUCUCCUUUCCCU